UGGAGGCGGGGGCUCAGCGCUGAAAUGCUGCUGUGCAGAGCUGGAAUUACUCUGUAACAGCUACAGUAAAGCCAUAGCAGAUUGCAAAGUGAUAGCAGCAGACAACAGUGAGCAACUGGUGUCUACACUGGUUGGGUUGAAAUUAGCUCCAGUUACUUCAAAUGUGCUUUGGGAAGCAGUUUUUAAUCUUUGUAUUAGGCAUUCUCAUUGCACUUUGGCUGCACGGAGGUCGGAGAGCUUGCAGCAGGACCAUGUGGUGAAGCAAAGCUGGAUUCCGGGACGUUGUGCACCACGCAAGUUCAGUGUGGAGGGCUCGUGUGACUAUCCCAGUCAGAGAAGGGAAAUAAAAGUCGAAGUCGGUGGAAGAAAGGAGGAAUCCUGUAUUCCUUCCUCUUCUGUAUCUUGUUGGAGAUCUUCACGUUGCUGCUACUGCAAGUGACUCUGUAGCUGCCUCUGCUCCUCGGCGUCUGCAGGCAGCAAUUGUGCCUGCAUCUUGCGAUUUUUAUCCUCCACUAGCUUGAGAUGAAGUAUUUGCAGCAAGGGCUUGAUUGUCGUCACCUAUAACAGGAGAGAGAGAGACAGACUUGCAGCCGGAGAAAUUGCUUCCUUCGGAAUCCCACCACCGAGUGAUUUACUUCUCUCAAGAGAAUUGUGCCCACUCAAUGAACAAAGAGGAGAAAAUACGGAAGAAUUAUCCUCUCCAACCAAAAGAGGGCUGGAAAAAAAAGAGUGGGGGGCCACAGUCUCCUCUGAGAGGGAAACGAAACCUACCCUUCUCCAACAUUUAAUGCUUAACAGUUGCGCUGCCCUAUGGAUCUCCAGUGUGGUGGUUUUAAAUGGAUUUGCCAUUAGUGACUUCUUGGAAAUAAGAUUUCAGAUGCAUGCCAGGUUCCCACUGAAUGCCAGAAGUAGAGAUCGCUACAGAUGGAGCCCCAAAGUCAACAUGGCAGUGGCGGUUCAUUAGUUGUAAUCCAGCAGCCUUCCUUGGACAGCAGGCAAAGGUUGGACUAUGAAAGAGAAAUUCAGCCGACAGCUAUCUUGUCAUUGGACCAGAUCAAGGCCAUAAGGGGCAGCAAUGAGUAUACCGAAGGCCCAUCUGUGGUGAAAAAGUCUGGUCCCCGGACAGCACCAAGACAAGAAAAGCAUGAAAGGACUCAUGAAAUUGUACCAAUUAAUGUGAAUAAUAAUUAUGAGCACAGACCCAGUCACUUGGGACCCGUGGCACACCAACAUAACGUAAGGGCUCCUGUGUUGAGCAGAUCGACUAGCACUGGAAGUGCGGCUAGUUCUGGAAGCAACAGCAGUGCUUCUUCAGAGCAGGGGUUGUUGGGAAGAUCGCCCCUAUCUAGGCCAGGUUCAAGCCACAGAUCUGAAAGGACAAUCCGGACGCAGCCCAAGCAGUCAUCUUUGAUGGUAGAUGAUCUGAAGGGUCCCUUGAAAGAGGACUUGACGCAGCACAAGUUUAUCUGUGAACAAUGUGGGAAGUGCAAGUGUGGUGAGUGCACAGACCCGAGGGCCUUACCUUCUUGUUUGGCCUGCAACAGGAAGUGCUUGUGCUCUGCAGAGAGCAUGGUGGAGUACAGCACCUGCAUGUGCCUGAUCAAAGGGAUCUUCUACCACUGUUCCAAUGAUGAUGAAGGGGACUCGUAUGCGGAUAAUCCCUGCUCUUGUUCCCAGGCACAUUGCUGUUCUAGGUACCUGUGCAUGGGAGCAAUGUCCUUGUUUUUGCCUUGUUUGCUCUGCUAUCCUCCUGCUAAGGGAUGCCUGAAGCUGUGUCGAGGGUGUUAUGACCGGAUCAAUCGUCCUGGUUGCCGAUGUAAGAACUCCAACACUGUCUAUUGUAAACUGGAGAGCUGCCCGUCUCAGAGUCAGGGGAAGCCCUCAUAAUUUGGAGGGAGAUUUCACUUCUUCAAACACUUGCUUUCAGGUUGUGGCUAGUUUUCUGUUGGUGUGGGGAUUUACCCCCACCCUCCUUCCCUUCCUUCUCCACUUUAUGUACCCAAGUUCUUUCCUUUGCACCCUUCAUAUCCCCUCUCUCAACUCAGACAGGUGUGGAGUAUUUUACUCAGUCAUGUUUAUUUCAGUCUUUGGUAAGCAUGGACCGUGUGCCUGCGUUUGGCUCCUCAGCUUGACAGGGCCUCUUAGGUUUGUAAGUAAUCAACACAUGAAAGAGGCAGUGAGGGCUAAUGGGCUUCUCUGCAGCCUUUGCUCUGCAAACAACUUCCCCAAUGUGUCCUUUUGUUCUCUGCAACUGUGUGUCUUUUUGGUUCCAAGAAAUAAUUCUACCUUAUUUCAUGAGCAAGCUGGAUUAAUCUUGAGGGGGUUGGAACCGUAGAAAAUCUAAGGCUGUCUUUUACUCCAUACUGCUUUUCCCUCUGUUUCCCAACCCUCUUUGGAAUUGUCUCAGUCCAGAGACUGGCCUGGCUGGUACAUUUUAUUUUUUUUUUCUUUUAAAUGUAGUUUUGGUUUUUACUUCACUAUAUAGAUCUUCACAUUGGAGACAUUAUGACUGCAAUUUGUUCAUCUGUUUCUCUUGCUUUCAAAUCUGUGAAGGACAUCACCCACUCCACCUCUUUCCCCAUGUUUCUGUGGUCAUUGAGAUCCUUUUGAUACUGAUGUUAAAGUUGGUGUUUGCAUAUCUGAAUAAUUUUCAGGUGUCAUUGAAUUAAGUUACCUAAAUUUUCCUGGAUCUUUAACACUUCUCUUAUUCUCUUGGUUAGUGAAUUUAGCUCUGCCUUGUGCUUCAUAACUUCAAUGUGUUCCAUGUUUUAUUGCCUUAGCCACAAAUUGUGGUCUUUUUUUUUGUAUAUUUUAUGUAUAAAACACAAAGUUGAAUCCUGACUAUUUUUAAGACAAAAAGUCUGUUUAAAACUUUUUUUAUUGUAAAGAAUAUUUAUUAUGUGAAUCUCUAUUAUUUUAUGAUAUUUAUUGCAAAGGACUGUUUGAAAAAUGUACUCAUGUCUGAAUAUAACAAAAUAUCAAUACUUAACAAAAAUAAGGGUGACACAAAGAAAGUACAUAUGUUAACUAUAAUGCAGAAAAUAUAUUAAUUAAUGAAAAUGUCUCUUGAGUUUUUCAUUUUAAUAUACUGGUAGGUUGUCUUAUGAUUUCCAUGUCCAUAUUGCAAAGUGUCUUGCUAUUUUUUUUUCUCCUUGUGCACUGUCCGGGUGGUUCAAUAACCAAUACUGUGAAGACACUAGUAUGUGUUCGUCUUGUUUGCCUAAUUCUGGUGUGGAAAAUUCAUUAUCAAAUGAGUUUUCACUAUGAGAUAUUUAAUAAAAUUGAAUGUGUGUAAUUUGCUUGAUGUUGCCAAGACGUUUAGGCCACAUGUAUUUAUCAGAGCAUUCUGGAAAUGCAACUAUAGACAAGGACCCCUAACUUCAAUAAUUCUUUUUGUAUUGUUUUCUAUAGAAUAUCAAAUUAACAUGCAGAAAAAGCAAGAGUAGAAGGGUAAAAAUAGUCUUGGUGAAGUCUGUUAGCUCAGGAAACCUAAGUUGUUGUUUUUCCCUGUGGUAAUUUGACUUUCCCAACCACAACUGAACUCCCCGUUCCUUCUAAUUUAAACUCUCUUGAAAGUAAUAUAGGUGUCACAGCUAUUUGCUGAAUUCAUUCAUAUUUAAAUGGUCAGAAAUAGGCUUUGCAUUAGGAUUAUGGAGAGUCUCCCACUUCCAUUGGUGUGAUUCAAGUCCUCCCUAAUAGCAGAAUCUAAGUAGCAGUGUCAAGUAUCAGAGGGGUAGCUGUGCUAGUCUGUAUCCACAAAAACAAUGAGGAGU